AUGAAAACAUUCAAAAUGGCAGGUCUUGCGCCUUUUGGACGAGAUGAUCAGCCGCAUCUUGAGGUGAAAAUUGUUGGUGGAAAGCGUGUCGAAGUUCCAGUUGACAAUCAUGGAAAGCCACUUAAUCAGUCAAAAACUGUUAAUCGGGCAGAAUGGAGCCUUCCAGGACAACAGUAUGGUCAAAGCUCUUCGGUUUUGUCAACAGCAAACUCUGAGAAAUCGAGCUCUAUGAUCUCGCCUCCUCCGUGGAUAAACAGAACUGACACACCGCCGCGAAAAAUUCUAAAAUCACUGGAAAAUCCUGAUGAUCAUCAAAGUAAGUCUGUGGAAGGCCUGAGAAAAUUUUCAUCCCCAAGUUCGCCGCAAGUUUUACCACCGAUCCGAAAGAAAUCAGGAGUUGAUGGGGAUCAGUCUACAAGGGAUUUGGCUUCAAGACUUAAUGCAGUGUUGCUGGGAUUCGAUACUAUAAAACUAAAAGAUGCGUAUCUCAGUUUUGCAGGUUAUGACUCCACUUUGACAGGAUUUGUUUCUGCAGAACAAGUCGAGAGAGAGUUUUUUAGACUAAAAAUUCCUCUUAAAGGAGAGCUUUUAAACGAGUUGUUGGUAAUUUUCAUGUCUGCUCACAGGCCAAACUGGGUCAAUUAUGAACAGCUUUUGAAGUUCAUCAGCAAUGCUGUUCAACCAACUGUCACAAGAGAGUUUAACAUUCCAAAGCUUGAUCUGACGUCAAAUCCAGGUGAUCGACUCCAACAAAAAAUGUCGGGCAAUUCGCCUAGGGCUGAAGUCAAAUUGCCACUUAAACCAAAUCAGGUAUCACCAAGGUCUGAUGAUAUGCCAAAAGGCCGCCAGAGUGCUAUAGCUGCAAGAAAAGCUUUUCAAGAUAAGCAAGAUACAGAGAUCUUGUUGCAAAUGGAACAAAUGCUAAAAGAGAUUGACGAUGCCCAGGCACAUGUACAGGCAUUGAGAAGACAUCUGGAGGAACAAGAAGGGGCAGGAGCAGAAUUUAUAUCCUCACAAAAGGUAUUUAACACUCUCAAUAAGCCCUUUGCAGCUUGCUUUCACCUGAUCUGCUAAGAAAAAAAAGUUUUAAAAAAUUUGGAUAAACCCUCAAGAUUACCAGAAAUGGAAAGUGCAUGAGAAAAUUAGGUAGAGAGCCAAUUUUGAGGUGACUGAUGUGCACUGAAUGUCCAAAAAAUUAUAUAGGGUUUGUAUGGAAAAAUUUUGUGAGCCAUAAGGCUUGUAGUGUGAGAAAAAAGCUGGCAUUUCCUGACGCCACCACUGGUUUCCCCCCCAAAUGUCGUCUGAGAAACGAGCGCAGAAAUUCUAUACUGAAGUUGCAUCUCUACCCAGAUCUGGGUAAGUGCCUCUGAUUGGAUGAAGCAAAUUUUUAACGUAACUGUGAUGUUUCUUUAUCCUUUUCUGUAAAAUUUUUUGUUUGAUGAUAGUUCCUGCUCACCUUUUCUUUUAGCUAAAGACAAUAUGUUUGAGGCAUCAUAUUCCUUUCAACAACUCAUUGUUAGAUAAAGUCAUCGACAGACUUGACAAAUACAAUUCUGGAAAAGUGAGGUUAGUGGAAAUUUAUGAUUUGGAAUAGUGUAAGAGGAUGUUAGCAACAAUGUUGCACACCUCCACUCAAAUUAUUUUGGGAAUACUUGGCAGUGAUUUCACAAAUUUUCUGAUGUAAGAAAUACAUUGAAUUAUUUUAUGAUGAUAUUCCUAUCUUGAAAAGAAAUAUCGUGGUUCACUGACCAGACACUGCACAUCAGUGUAUUCUUACAGCCCUAGAAGCUGACAAGGACGGAGACUUCUUGAUGAAUUCCAUAGUGGUGAUCUAACUGUUUAACAGUCAGUAAUCUGUUUAAUACACCAAGAGAGAAAUCAUAGCAACAUUAUGAGCAAAGAAACAAACAUGAUGUACUUAUUUCAGUUGGUUAGAAUUCAUGUCCUUUGUGGAGCGAGCCCUGCCUCUUCCAACAUCCAGCAUUUCUUCGAGCCACAGUUACAGUAGGAAUGGUGGGCGUGUUUUAGAAACUCCCCCUGACAGACCAGUGUGGGAAACAAGACAGCCCCUUAAGGGAGUCAGCCAUGAAGGAAGGUACCCAUCUUAUGAUAUAAGCAUGGAUCAAGAACAACAUAACAUUCUAGGUAUUACUAUGACAAUAAAUUAGUGUCAGAAAUCUCCCCCAGGGGGGUUACUCUGGAUUUCAAGUAAAGGGGAUAAUUGAAGAAUUUUGGGGGUUUGAAAUUUUUAAUUCCAGAAUUUUUUUGUUCAUUCAAAACAAUUAUCUGAAAUUUGUGGUAGUGCCCGCGUAUCCUGGCUGCAUAGUUUUGCGAAACAGCCAAUUUCUAAUGUUUUUAUUUUUUUAUGUUAUAUCAUUUAAUGCUUUCUGGAAAGAGGCACCUUACAAAACUCCUUCAAGCACUCAGGCAGUGAAAGGGUUAAUCCCCGUGGCUGCCAUAUGAAUAAUCUCAAGUUAGUUUCUUUAGAAACAAGGUGAAAAAUAGAACCAAAAGAACAUUAUAACAGUACAACUGAUUGAAAUCUUUGUGACAGUCCUGAAAUUCCCUUCCAAAAAAUAAAUGGGUCCAGAUCUAUUGUCAUAAGAGGCCCCUUGCAGCUUGAUUCUUGUAUUGUAAGAGACCACUUCUCAGAUGCUGGGUGCAAAGAAAAUCAUUUUUACCGCUUGCCAUUUGGGCAAGCUGAAGCUAGCAUUUACUAGCCAAGGCCCUGGUUGUUCAAACGCUGGAUAGCGCUAUCCACCGGAUAAAUCUCUAUCCAGCAGAUAGUGUAAUUGAUUUCUGUGAUACUUAUCCACUGGAUAGUGAUUUAUCUGGUGAAUAGCACUAUCCAACGUCUGAACAACGGGGGCCAGAUGUCAUUUCAACUAGGCCAAAAAGCUUUUUGACGAGCAGAAUUGAUUUCACAGUUCUUCUGGUACUGGAAUUGCUCAAAAAAACAUCAAUUGCGCGUCGGGCAAGUUAAAAAAAGAAUUCACUAGCCCAACAGCAAAAUCCACUAGUCUCAGGCUAUCAGACAUUACUUUCUUUGCACACUGCAGGUGACACGACCAAAUGUUUGUAUUUUGAGUGGGGCACUUAUAAGAGGUUUAACUGGGUUUUAUAUUUUGACAGUAAAAGAAUUAGAGGAACAAAGAAGAGGUAGAAGCUAUAAACAACAUCACAUUCUUGAAGGGAGUGGUAUAAAUGGAGACCAUGUAAGGUCACAAGAGGCUGAAGUAUCGGAACCAGUUAAUGAGAGGCAAGGAGAUCUGUUAAGACGUCAGCAUGAACUGAUCGAGAAAAAACGACAGAUUCAAAAAGAGCAAGAAGAAAUUGAUCAGAUCAUACAGCACCAGAAAAAGAAAUUAUAUGGAGAUGAUCGGGAUUAUGAUCCACCGCAUUACCACGAGGAGGAAAGUAAAGUCAAGAGGUUUAUGAAGCUGGCAAAUGCACUUUAUGUGUGUGAUUCUGAUCAGUCAGGUUAGUGUCAUGAUUCUAGCACAGCUCUUUGAUCCUUUAGGAUCCAAUAACUACAUAUUGUACAUACACAUACUCCAGACUGAUCUCCACACAUUCCCUCUUCAAGAGUUUGUUGAGAAAAUUUCUUGGUUUAUGAGAGUAAACAGAAUUGGAUCUAGGGGGAGGGUGCAGGGAGUGCACCCCCCCUCACCUGAAAUGACCUGCCAUUUUCUAAUAAAACUGGUAUUCUGCAAAAUAUGCAUAUGUGUAUGAUAUGUAUUUUUAGCAGUUCACAUGAUGUUACUGCCUGGUCAAAAGCCUUCUUCAUAUUUGCUUUUAAAAUUUGUUUACAUCACCAGUCACUUACUCCACUCCUUAGUUUGCACCCCCUCCUAAGAAAACUCCUGGAUCCGCCCCUGGUAAAGACCAUUGAAAUUACGCGAUUAAUGAUCAGAAUGAUGUCACAAUUUGUUUUUCUCUGUCUCUUGCAUGUGAAAUUGAAAUUUCACUGAAAAUGGAGGCCAAUGUUAUGUAAAAAACAACAGUUUUCUAUAGUCCUAAGACCACAGAAAUGGCUGCCGUGAAACCACUCGUUCCACUUGAGUUUUGAACAUUUUGAUGUCAGUUCUACAGUCUAUAAGAGUAUAGGCCGUGGAAAAUAAAUUAUUGUUGUCUAUUUCUUAAAUAGAUCCCAUAUAUUUCUCAGUGCACGUUCAUAUCUCCUUCAAUUCUAAGGCUUUGUUAUUUUAUAGGUCUUAUUGACGUGGAUGAAACCCAUCGGUUGCUAAACAACUACAAUCUCGUGAACCAGCUGGGAUUCUCUGCUGAACUGAUUGAAAAGACGUUAAGAAGUUGUUUAACGACAGAUGACAAAGUUAGUGUAGACGAUUUAAUAGAUGAACUCAAAGGACAUCUGUAGGAGUUAUUUUGUGCUGUCUCUUAGAGACCGUUGUGUGUUAAUGUUGCAUUGGUCUUAGCUGUCC